AUGCUCUUUCCAGUCUCCAUUUGCCUUGUGGUGACUGGGCUACUGCAUUCAGCAUUGGCUGCUUUUGGAGGCCCUGGCCUCGGACAUGCUGCUUUUCAGGCAGAGCACAGGCAAAUUUAUGCCUCAUCUUCAAGGCACUCACCACCACAGGUAGCCAAGAGAGACGAAGGGAAAUAUCUCAGCAAUCAAACUCAAGCAUUCGCCGUCAAUGGCACUGGAAUCCCAGACGUCGACUUUGACGUCGGUGAGUCCUAUGCCGGUCUAUUGCCAGUAUCCAACAUUACAGAUGAAGGAAGAAAGCUGUACUUCUGGUUCUUCCCAUCCACAAACCCCACUGCCACCGGUGAAAUCACUAUCUGGUUGAAUGGUGGUCCGGGAUGUAGUUCUAUGGAAGGCUUUCUCCAAGAAAAUGGCCCAUUUCUGUGGCAGUAUGGUACCUUCAAACCAGUCUCGAAUCCGUACAGCUGGCAUCGUCUCACCAAUAUAGUCUGGGUUGAUCAACCGGUCGGCACUGGAUUUUCGGUGGGAAAAGCAAAUGUCACCUCGCAGACGGAUGUCGCUGAGCAGUUUCUUGGUUUCUUGAGGAAUUUUGUAGAGUUGUUUGGUCUUCAGGGGAAGAAGGUGUACGUCACGGGAGAAUCAUAUGCUGGAAUGUUUGUGCCCUACAUCGCCAAUGCUCUCUUGGAUACAAAUGAUACCAGUCUAGGGAGUCUGGAUGGCAUCAUGGUCUAUGACCCGACUCUUGUUUCUGACACCGUCGAGCGGGAGCUGUUUGCUUAUCAGACCUACGAGACCUGGUCAAGGCUGUUCAAUUUUAAUGACACGUUCGCUGAAAGCAUCAGCCAUCAGGCUCAGUCCUGUGGUGCAACUGACUUUAUCCAGAAGUAUUUGACAUUUCCACCGCCAGGGCCUAUGCCGGCUGCACCAGACAACUGUGAUCUGUACAUGACAAUUGGCAACAAUGCUUUUAUUCCCAACCCUUGCUGGGAUCCAUACCAUCUAACAACAACAUGCCCCAACCUAUGGGAUGUCCUAGGCGCACCAGGGGCAUACGACUACCUCCCAGCCGGCGCAAAAAUCUACUUCAACAGACCUGAAGUCCAAAAAGCAAUCAACGCCCCCUUGAACGCCACCUGGGCAGAAUGUACCAGCGAGCCCGUCUUCAUUAAUGACACCGAUCAAACGGCCGCAGCAGGUCUCUGGUCCAGCCAAACCGUCCUGCCACGAGUCAUUGAGAAUGUCAACCGCGCCAUCAUCGGGCAGGGAGAAAUGGACUAUACCAUCCUCCCGAACGCGACUGUGCUCGCAAUUCAAAAUAUGACUUGGAAUGGCCUGCAAGGGUUCCAGCGUCCCAUCGAUGGCAAGUUUUAUGUUCCGCCUGAUGCGAAUAUGUCGGCUGGAUCGGGAAUUAUGGGUAGAACUAGGACAGAGAGAGGAUUGACUUUUGUAGAGGUUGCUUUGUGUGGACAUAUGGUGCCUCAAUACCAGCCCAGUGCGGCGUUCAGGCAUUUGGAAUUCUUGUUGGGUCGAAUUGAGAGUUUGGAGAGUCAGGAACCUUUCACCAUUGAACCAAUGUCUUAG